GCGGGGCUGAAUGUUUCCCAAGUGUUUGAAACUGGUAUUUGGGUUUUCCACGUUGGAUAAGUACGGCGCAUCGAGCGGCGAGGAGGCUGUGCUCUGUUUCUCCCCUCCCUCCUCCUUCUUACCGACCCGGAACCGGAGCCGGUACUGGCAGGGAGAAAGACAGACACACACACGCACAAAUACAUAGAAGGCAACUCGGCUUCGCUGCUGCUACUCCUCUCUCCUCCCUUCUGGCUCCUGUGUGCGAGUUACCGGAGCGACAGCCGAUCUCUCCGCCGCCGAAUAGGCGGGGAGGGGGGGCCUGGGGGGAGGUGUCUCUCCUCCUCGGUCUCUCUCCGUUUCGCAGGAGGAAGGAGAAACGGAGCAGCAGCAGCAGAUGUAGCUUUCUUGGGGGGUCUGAGAGCCGGAGACCGCGGGGGGUGGGGGGUAGGGGUGAGAGAGAGCUUUGCAUUUUGCAGUGCUAUUUUUUUAGGGGGGCGGGGGGUGGGGGGUGGAGGAAGCGGAAAGCAGUGCAGAGUCGCCGGGGACCUUUCGGGUGAACCAUGUUGAGUCCUGCAAACGGGGAGCAGAUUCACCUGGUGAACUAUGUGGAGGAUUAUCUGGACUCCAUCGAGUCCCUGCCUUUCGAUCUGCAGAGAAACGUCUCCUUGAUGAGGGAAAUAGACGCGAAAUACCAAGAAAUCUUAAAGGAAUUGGAUGAAUAUUAUGAGAAGUUCAAACGAGAGACCGACUCAGUACAGAAGAGGAGAGUUUUACACUGCAUUCAAAGAUCAUUAAUACGGAGCCAGGAACUCGGAGAUGAAAAGAUCCAGAUUGUUAGCCAAAUGGUGGAACUAGUUGAGAAUCGGACCAGGCAAGUGGACAGUCAUGUGGAACUUUUUGAGACUUGUCAAGAGGCUAAUGAUACCACUGGCAAUAGUGGCAAAACUAGCCAGGAUAAGUCUAAGAAUGAGACAAUCACUCAAGCUGAAAAGCCCAAUAAUAAACGAUCCAGGCGGCAACGCAAUAACGAGAACCGGGAGAAUGCAUCUAAUAAUCACGAUCAUGAUGAUAUCACCUCAGGAACUCCAAAGGAGAAAAAAGCUAAAACUUCAAAGAAAAAGAAGAGAUCCAAGGCCAAAGCAGAGAGGGAGGCCUCCCCUGCAGACCUUCCCAUUGAUCCAAAUGAACCAACAUACUGCUUAUGUAAUCAAGUCUCCUAUGGAGAAAUGAUAGGUUGUGAUAAUGAUGAAUGCCCAAUUGAGUGGUUUCAUUUCUCGUGUGUAGGACUUAAUCAUAAACCAAAGGGCAAAUGGUACUGCCCCAAAUGUAGAGGGGAAAAUGAGAAAACAAUGGACAAAGCACUGGAGAAAUCCAAAAAAGAAAGAGCUUAUAACAGGUAGUUUGUAGACAUUUAUUUUACUAGUGAGGGGAAAAAAUUAAAACCAGUGUAUUUAUUACCUUUACCACCUUUGUGGAGGUACAAGGAUUGUAAAAUGUAUAUUUUUAAAGAAAGUUAGAAAAUAAACCAUUCCUGUUAUAGGGGUGGCAGUGAUUUGUUUGUUCGUUUGUUUUGUUUUCAUUUGGUACAUCUGAACCAGAAAGUGGUCUGUGGAUCAACAUUUUUUUAAACUCCAAAAAUAGAUUUGGAUAAAGCACCCAAGUGAGUCAAGAGGCUCAAAUUUCUUUUCAUGCCCGGGAAGCACUUAAGCCCAUUAAAAUAUAUAUGAAAGAAAAUAAUUUCAUAAAGCCAAUUUUUUAUGUAAGGAAAAUAUUUACCUUAACAAAAAAUUGGAAAAUGUUUAGCCAGAUGGCUGUAUUUGAAUAAACAUACAGCCUGCUGCAUUUUUAAAUAACCAAUGUGAUAUUAAACACAUGACUCUUGCUACUAUAGUAUGUGUCAGUAUAACAGUUCAAUAACAGGUUUAGGGUUAAAAGAUUAUUUUUUAAAAAAGAAAAUGGUUAAAUUUUACAUGACAAUAUUUUAUAUACUGGCCUAGUCCCAAAGGGCCCAUUUUAAAAUGAUUGAGUACAUUUUAUAUUUAACCAGAAAGUGAUCUAGAAGUGGAACUUAAACACAAAUCAAGCUUUAUACUGUCACAAAUAAUAGUGUAGCAAUCUUUAAUUUGUAUAAGUUGUAUAAAUGUAAAUUUGAGUGGACUUGCACUUACUGUAUUAUAAUCGGAAAUGCAGCCAAUUGCCAUUGUGAAACCAAUGUGCAUUUCCUUCUGUAUGUAUGAAAGUUGUACAGCUGUGAUAUUAAAGAAUAAAUCAAACUUUGGACAGUU